ACCUCAUCCAACUUCUCAAGUCACAUUCAAGCUUACAUCCACAUUCAACUUCACACUAUCACAUUCGGACUUCAAAGGAUAUAUCAAUAAACAUCUUGAAAACCAAAUCAUAAUUAUCAAGGAUUCCUUCUAGCUAGCAAGUUCAUCAUGUCUGAUAUCGACAAUGAACUCCUUGCUUUGGCUGGUGAUGUCACCCAAGCUCCAAUAUCAUCCUCAAAACGAUCUCGAAAGUCACUACAACAUGGAAAAAAGAUAAAACGUAGAAAAAAAGUGGAUAUGGAUAGCGAAUCAGAUAUGGAAAUGUCUUCUGGUUCGGAGGCUGCUAUGCCGAUUCAGGUCGCAAAGUCUGAUGAUGAGGAGGAAGAACAGGAGAGCCGAACGGUCAACAGUAACCCUUUUCCUUACGAAGGUAUUUAUAUCGAUCUGCAGGAUAAGCUUCGAAUACAAUCUCUAUCUGAAUUAGAACGUGAGGCAACUUUGGGUGAAAGACAAGAUGAAUUACAAAAGAUUCGAGAUCGAGAAAAUGUCAAAAAUAUGGUCAGAGCACGAGAUGAGCAAUCUAGCAAGCGAAGUAGUGGUCGAGAAAAGAGUAGAACUGGCACUACUCAUGAGAAAGCUCAAAAAUUAGAUGAAUUGAAGUUGAAGAGGCAAGCUAAAGGAAAACGCCCCAAGCCGGAUGACUCGAAUGAAAACCAAGUAACGAAGCAGCGGAGUGAUGAGCAGGGCUGGGAUCGGUCCGAAGAUGGUGAAGCCGAUUUGGCUGAAGAGCAGGAUAUCGCCCAUGAACAGAGCAACUCUCGAAAAGCAACUGAGAAGACCAAUCUAGAUGACGCUUCCCUUGAUGAUAUCCGCUCCCUUACACUUACUCGCACUCGGGCUGCAGAACUAUGCUGCACUGACUUUUUCUCAGACUAUGUCAAAGGGAUGUGGGUGCGUGUAUCUGUUGGAUUUGCCAAAGAUGAUCCGAAGCGUGAAGUCAAGUAUCGUGUUGCUGAAGUCAAAUGUGAUAUUGACAACCAGAAAUACUAUGAGGUCGAGAAUCAGGCGACUACUAAGACCUUACAGGUAGUGAUUGCCAAUUCCUCGAAGGUCAUUUCACUGGACAGAGUAUCUAACUCGCCAAUUCAAGAGAAUGAAUGGUUAUUUCUAGUGGGUGAAUGUCAAAAGUAUAAAGUUCCGAUCCCCACGAAGAAGGAAGUCAGUCGGAAACUGAACAGCAUCACCAAAUACCAGGACUGGGUGAAAGACGAGGCAACCAUCACCCUUCAAGUCCGUGCCAAAAAGGCUAUGCGUGCCCAAGGUCAAGGCCCCACGACUUUGACGAUUUCAGAAAGACUAAGGCUUGAGAGCGAAAGAGAUCAAGCUGCUGCAAAGAAUGACACUGAACUCGUAGAACGACUGAAUUCACUCUUGCAACAAGCCAGCGCACCUGUUGUCAAAUCUGAUACUCUCAUGUCAGAACUCAAUGAGCGUAACCGCCGAGCCAAUCGAGAAGAGAUUCGUCGGGCAGAAAUCGCAGCAUCAGAACUUCGAAGACAACAUAUGAAGGCACAUGGCACAAGUCAUGCUGUCAGACCUGAUCCGAGUGCGAGAGUAAAGACUAAUCCACGGAUGACAUAUGAGACCAAGUCAGGUAGCCCUUUGCGAGAUACGCCGACAGCAUCCGAUCCAAACGCCUCUCCGCGACCUGGGGAAGUCAACUCGAGUUCAGCCACCGCUGUAGCUGCUGCUAAAGCUAAAGGACCGCCUACCCGAUUUGAAGAAAUGAUUGCAAGUCGGGUUCACAUUGAUAUUGAUAUUGGAGAUUUUUGAUCAAUGAGAUGAUUGUAAUAUGUGAUUCUAUAACCAAUUUCUUUCAUCGCAUUCAAUGAGGAAAUGGAUCUUGUCCUCAUCAUUCACACGUCUCUCAUAACAGUCAUGCUUAUGUUUAUUGUUUUUUGUCUAUCAUCAAUCUUUCUUGUCCUGGAAUUUGGUCCGUUGAUACAUUUGGCCAAUGGGAGUGUAAUCUUAGUUGAUCGGCGUGUGAUUAUCUUCUUUAUGUCCCGUUCACUUAUUUAGAUUUAAAGGAUCCUUCUCUCAUUGUUUG